GCAAGGUCGCGACUUUAAUUAAUCAUUACAUUUGCUUUUAACAGCACUGCAUUUAGAAACCAGUCAGUGCAAUUUUAGACCUUUCGAAACCAAGAACCGUAAGUCAACGGACUAUAAAAUUAAAUCUAUAAUCUACAGUAACAAUUUUAGACCUUUCGAAACCAAGAAACAUGAUUUUGGCUGCCUUAGUUAUAUUAGUUUCAAUUAUUGUCCUAUAUAUCUACUACGACAACCGAAACCAUCUCCCAGGGCCAUGGAAUCUCCCAAUAAUAGGUUACUUGCAUAAGUUAGACCCAGUGUCACCCCACUUGACUUUGACCAAACUUGCCCAAAAAUAUGGGCCAAUUUUUCGAAUCAGACUAGGUUUAGUAAACAUCGCCGUCGUUUCUGAAGCAAAAUUGCUGAACAAAAUUUUGCUCAAAGACGAAACUUUGGGAAGACCGCCACUUUUUAUUAUGGAUGUAAUGUUUCGUGGCAAAGGGUUAGCAUACACUCCCUUCAGUCUGUGGAAGGAUCAACGUAAAUUCACUACCAACUUUUUAAAACUAGUUGGGGCCACAAAAUUUUCACCAAUCAGAAAAGAAUUAGAAGAUUUUAUAACGAAUUAUGCUGAAGACUUUGUAGAUCAUGUAAAGACUCAGGGUAACCACGUCACACUAGACCCUUCAGAAGCUUUGGUACACUAUAUUAGCAACGUUGUUGGUACUUUAAUUUUGGGCAAAUCGUUUUCGCGUGAUGACGAAAAUCGCAAAAGCUUGAUGCACAAUCUUGAGAUAAUAAUGCACGGAGCUCAGGUUGGAGGAACUCUAAACUUUUUACCAUUCUUACGGUUUUUGCCAAAAUAUAGGAAAACGUUAACCACUUUUAGCGACACGGUGGACAAAGUUCGGGAAUGUCUAACCGUCUACAUUCAUGAAUAUGAAAAGCCUAUUUCUAACGACUUUUCUGCUACGAAUUUAAUUGAAGCGUUUUUGUUGCAACGAUCUAAGGGAGGUCCUCCCGAAAUUUACAACAUGGAUCAACUCAUUUACCUUUUGUUUGAUAUGUUUAUUGCUGGUACCGAAACAGCGCUAAGUUCUUUAAAAUGGGUCAUUCUCUACUUAGCACAGUACCAGGAUGUUCAAGAUAAAGUUCGCAAAGAAGUUGUUGAAGUUCUACAUGGAAAAACACUCGAAAUGAGUGACGUUGCGAAACUGCCGUACACGCAAGCAGUACUUACUGAAGUAUCCAGAAUUAGAACUAUAGUACCACUGGGUUUUCCCCACUUUGCUGAUGAAGAUGUGUACGUGGAUGACGUGAAAAUUGACAAAGGACAAAUGAUAAUGCCGUUGUUGUGGGCCGUUCAUAUGGAUCCGAAAGUCUGGGACCAGCCUGAAGAAUUUCGCCCUGAGAGGUUUUUGGACGACGAGAAAAAAUUUGUAUCUUCGGAGUUGAUUCUUCCGUUUCAGUCUGGUAAAAGAAUGUGUGUUGGAUACGACUUGGCGAAAAUGAUGAUUUAUCUAUUUGUCGUUGUUCUCGUCAAGAAUUUCAAAGUUGGGCCGUGUGGAUCCAGUCCUAUGGAUUUUUCAGAGGUUUGUGGGCUGUCAUUAGUGCCCAAACCUCAGAAAGUUGUUUUUGUAAAAAUUUAAAUGUGGAAAUGGUUUUUGUAAUACAUGUUAUAGUCAUUGGUUUA